GACCUUGACCAUUGACCUACUUAGAGCAUAAACCUCGACCUCAGUAUGCUAACUGUUGUGAGAUGGGCUUUCAUAUUUGACUGGUGUUUUCCUUCUCACAGACCUUUGUAUUGGUGCUGCAUUUGCUGACCUGCUGGCCUUGAAUGAAGCAUUGACCUACUUUUAAAAGUUUUAAGACCCACUCGGCGAGCUAUGUUGUUUUCUGACAACUGUUCUUUUUAGCAAUAUGUCCCAGGCAUUGAGGUUACUGAAAACCGUCAUGUUAAAGUAAAUCUAACGCGAGAUAAUUUUACUGUACUGACCAUCAAACGUGUCAAUCACGUGCUCUUUGUCGAUGUCCGUGAUGUUACAAUGGAUGUAUAAUGGUUAACGUGGAAAGACAUUCGUCUCGGAAUGAACGCCAAACUAAUUGAUUUUCUUUUUCUUGAGCGUCUUGAUGCAGACUUCAACAUCAGAUCUAAUAUUUUCUGACCAUUUUGACAUUCGUCUCGGAAUGAAUGCCAAAUUUGUUUUAAUUUCUUGUUCUUGAGUGUCUAAAUGUAGACUUCAACAUCAGUUCUAAUAUUUGCUGACCCUUUUCAGUGUUAUUCCUAUCAUUUUGAAUAUUUUCUUUUCUUUUAAACUUAGUGUGCACGCAACUACGUUGUUUUUUGUGUGUGUCAAUGGUAGCUAGCCUACGCCACCGUUUGUCUCCUUUCCAGCCUUAGGUCGUGUCUGCCUCUCCAUACACACAUGCACUUCGUGUUGAGUCUGUUGACGACUCCCUUAAUGACAGUAAUUAACACACUAUGAAGCCUGGCGGUGACGACUCGGAUUGAUGUAGUGAGAAAUUUGUCCUGUCUGACUUCGGACUAAUGUACAUAGUGUGGUAUUUUGUCCAGUACAAACCUUGGAAUACAGACUAAGAAUUUCGGUUACUACGGUAACAAGGACAGGAUUCGAUCUAACCAUCUAAACCAACAAGAAUUAUCGAAAGAUUCAUUGCUUCCACGUACCUACAGACAGAGGAAACCUGGUCAGUGUUUGUCUCAACUUCUCGUCAAGAGAGGCUGACUUUACACCAAAGUCUACACGUUCUAUGUAGACAGGAAUUCUGAAGUGAAGAGGUCUCAUAAAUUUCGACAAACCAGUUGGACUUUCGUGGGGAAGUUUCGGUGCUUUUAAAAUUGGACGAAUACCAAAUUGAAUUCUAUCACGUUCUUUAUAAACAGAUAGAGUUCGUCAUUGUUAGUUUGCGAAACGUUAGAUUUUUAAACUUUGCGACAACGUGACAUUGAAAAAGUGCUUUGGGAUCGCUUUAAAGGAUUAAAUUUCGCUGACAAUAGUGCAUAAUUCGCCGACAAGACAAAUUGGUGUUUGCCUAUUUUGGGAUUUAGUAUAUCUUCGGGGUGUUUCCUCGCCUUUUACGAAGUUUCUUAUUAUAAAUAAUCCCUGUGACAAAAAAACUGCUGGCGUAGUGCUUUUGGAUAUCUUUGAUCUCAUUGGUGUGGAAAUAUUUUCGCCGGAAGGUGACUGGAAAGGAACCGAUAUGGGUAUUUACCGACGAGAAAUAACCAACUGUCUUCAAGACCCGUUACAGUAUAAGCUUUGUUCCCGCCAUAUUUGUGUGGAAAUCGGCACGCCUUGUCCCUUGUCUUCCGGACGAAUACCAGUGUACGGACGGUAGCUGUAUACCGCACAUGUCCAUGUGUGACGGACGGAAUGACUGCCGUGACGGACGAGACGAAGCCAGAUGUGUCGUGGAGAGUAUAGACCCUAACGCCCUACCAAUGUCCCUGGUCCUCGGAAUCAUCGCUGGCAUCAUUUUUCUCCUCAGUAUCAUCGGUCUCGUCGUCUUGUUUAUAAUUUGGCAACGAAAUCGGCGACGCAAUCAUUCAAACUCCGGCAAUGAACCAUUGAAGCUAGAAUCCAAUUACACAGAAGUGACGUCACAUCAAAUAUGCAUGCACCAUGACAACCACCCCUUAAUGCCAAAUAAGGAUAGUGUCCAUCCUCUUAUUAGCCAGGAAGAGGCUCUCGCUUUCUCCAAAAUCGGAAACGGAAACCUUCAACCGAUCAUGCGCAGAAGCAUGCUUUUAUAUCAACCUUUCGAACAGAAGAGUAGUUACAACAUGUUUUCGUCACUAGAUAUAGACUUUGGAGAGGAACUUCUGUGUACCUCGACCCCUAAACAGGGCAAAAGGGGACAACUUCGACCAAUCAUAACGCUCGACACAUCGCCAAUAAAGGACUCUUCGAAAGGAGACUUAUCAAAAGCUCUGAAUCUCUCCAUGUUCGCUUCUAUAACGUGAUUCGUGUUUUUGACGUCUUCACUCAAAUGUGUCCGCCUCAAAAUUGGAACACAACCUAGCAUCCCAUGACGUCAAUGAUAUUAUGGUGUCAGAAAAUCGUCCGUGGACCAGACGAACUCGUGAAAGAUCCAUGCCAAGUUUUGACGGCAACUGUUCAGCGAGGAUUUCGUCCCCGAAAUUAUAACGCAAAAGUUCCACAAAAUGUUGGGAGAAGAUUUUCGUACAGAUUGUCAUUAAGGAAUAGUUUUCUUUGGACACUCUACUAGCAGAUAGAAGUGACCGCCUACGUCCAUUCGGUAUGCUUCGGGAAAUCAGUAUUUUAUGGGUCACUGUGGGAAAUUUCAUAGGAUGUCUACAUAUAUGCGUCUGUGUGUACAGUAUAUAUAAUUGUACACAACCUGUGAACAAGAUGUUGUCAGUUUGAUGUGCCUUAUUCUGUCCAUAAAUGUCCAACGCUUUAUGUGUUAAAGCAAAGCAAUGUGUUAUUACAUGUUCACAAACGUGUUCAAGACUCGGACCUUGUGGUCUUUAUGAUAUUCUGUGAUUCAAAAACUGCCUCCAUACUGUAAUUCACUAGCAUUUCGUAGUGGUUUAUUUUCGUGGUUUAUUUUGUGAAGGUUGCUGGUCAAGAACUCCGGUACUCAACGUACUAAACAUGAGGGUUAACUUAACUCUUGUUACAUUCACAGUCUCGCUUAAAUCAUUAGAAGACAGCGCAGUGUGCUGAAGUGUUGUUGUCGAUAGUGGCAACACCUGGCGGGCACUUACUGCUACUACAACUGCUGUAAGCUAGUAUUACCGCAGCAGUGACACCUGGUGAACACCGUUAAGGCGAAUGCUGACACCUGGUGGACCGCUGGUGGCGACCUCUAGUGUAUAUAUGGAUUUGUACAAUACUCACGUGUCGGCAACUGGUUUUGCCGAUUUACUUUUGUAUAUGAAAAUCAAUUAAAUUAUUUGAUAUUGAU